ACCACCAGGAUCACUGAGCUGCUGAGCGGAGAGGUUCCUCUAAGGUGUCAGGAUGUCGCUGUCUAUUUCUCUAUGGAGGAGUGGGAGUAUUUAGAAGAACACAAGGAUCUGUACAAGGACGCCAUGAUGGAGAAUCACCAGUCCCUCACAUCACCGGAUGGAUCCAGUCAGAGAAAUCCACCAGAGAGAUGUCCCAGUCCUCAAUAUUCCCAGGACUGUCCAGGGGAGAAACCAAAUAUCCCACUGGAUCAUCAGGAAAGUUCUGGUGAAACGACGAGAGGACUUGAAAAACCCAUCUCAGUGUCUGUGAAAGUGGAAGACAGGAUGAGCGACUCCUAUGGACAUCUCCAUAUAUCUUCUCAUCAUGAAGCAGAAGAUAACAAUACCAUACAAGAUGAUUUAAUAACUCCUAAUGUACCCUCAGUCCUUCACAGCAGAGAUCUAUCCACUGAUACCAUUGGUCACAAGAAACCUUCAUCUAAGCAAUUACUGAUUGGUAAAACAAGAACUAAACAGAAAUGUGGGAAUAUUUUUUCUAGUUUUAAAAAGAAAUCUAAUCUUUUUUUGCAUGAGAGAAAUUGCAGAAAUAACAGGUCAUUUUCAUGCUUGACAUGUGGAAAAUCUUUUAGCAUGAAGUCCAUUCUAGUUAGACAUCAGAGAACUCACACAGGGGAGAAUCCGUAUUCAUGUCCUGAAUGUGGGAAAGGCUUUAACAAUCAAUCAAAUUUUAUUCGGCAUCGGAGAACUCACACAGGGGAGAAGCCAUUUACAUGUCUUGAAUGUGGAAAGUGCUUUAUUCAAAAAUCAAAUCUUGUUACACAUCAGCGAACUCACACAGGGGAGAAGCCAUUUUCAUGUCUUGAAUGUGGAAAAUCUUUUAGCAUGAAAUCCAUGCUAGUUGCACAUCAGAGAACUCACAAAAGGGAGAAUCCAUAUUCAUGUCCUGAAUGUGGGAAAGGCUCUAUCAGUCAAUCAAGUUUUAUUCGGCAUCAGAGAACUCACACAGGGGAGAAGCCAUAUUCAUGCCCAGAAUGUGAGAAAUCUUUUAUUCUGAAAUCUUGUCUUGUUAGACAUCAGAGAACUCAUACAGGUGAGAAGCCAUUUCUAUGUCUUGAAUGUGGAAAGUGCUUUAGUCGGAAAUCAAAUCUUGUUGCCCAUCAGAGAACUCACACAGGAGAGAAGCUAUAUUCAUGUCCUGAAUGUGGGAAAGGCUUUAACAGUCAAUAUAAUUUUUCUCAGCAUCAGAGAACUCAUACAGGAGAGAAGCCAUUUUCAUGUCUUGAAUGCGGGAAAUGCUUUAGUUGUAAGACAUAUCUUGUUACACAUCAGAGAACUCACACAGGAGAGAAGCCAUUUGUGUGUCCUGAAUGUGGGAAGUGUUUUGAUGUGAAGUCAUUGCUUAUACAACAUCAAAGAAUUCACAAAAAAAAGAAUCAAUUUUCAUGUUCAGAAUGUGGGAAAUGUUUUAGUCAGAAAUCACAUCUUGUUCGACAUCAGAGAAUUCACACAGGAGAGAAGCGAUUUAUGUGUCUUGAAUGUGGUAAGUAUUUUGGUGCGAAAUCAAUGCUUCUAAAACAUACAAGAAGUCACACAGGAGAGAAGCCAUUUUCAUCUUUAGAAUGUGUGCAACCUUUUAGCCAGAAAUCACAUUAUGUCGAACAUGAAAAACUCCACUUAGAGGAGAAGCCAUUUUCAUGUUCACAAUGUGGGAAAUGCUUUAAGACUCAAACAAAUUUUUUUCGGCAUCAGAGAACUCAUACAGGUGAGAAGCCAUUUCUAUGUCUUGAAUGUGGAAAGUGCUUUAGUCAGAAAUCACAUCUUGUUGCACAUCAGAGCACUCACAUAGGAGCACAUCAGAGAACUGAAAGAGGAGAGAAGCCAUUUAUGUGUCCUGAAUGUGGGAAGUAUUUUACGGUGAGAUCAAUGCUUAACUAUCAUCUAAGAAGUCACACAGGGGAGAAGCCAUUUCCAUGUCUUGAAUGCGGAAAAUGUUUUGGUCGGAAAUCACAUCUUGUUAGACAUCAGAGAAGUCACACAGGGGAGAAGCCAUUUAUGUGUUCUGAUUGUGGGAAGUGUUUUGGUGUGAAAUCAGUGCUUAUAAAACAUCUAAGAAGUCACACAGGAGAGAAGCCAUUUUCAUGUCUUGAAUGCGGGAAAUGUUUUAGUCAGAAAUCAAAUCUUGUUAGACAUCAGAGAACUCACACAGGGGAAAAGCCAUUUGUGUUCUGAAUGUGGGAAGUGUUUUGGUAUGAUAUCAUUGGUUAUAAGACAUCUAAGAAGUCACACAAGAAGGAAGCCAUUUUAAUGUUCAGAAUGUGGGAAACGUUUUAGCCAGAAAUCAAAUCUUGUGAAACAUCUGAGAACCCACUUAUGAGAGAAGCCAUUUUCAUGUAUUGAAUGCGGUAAAUCUUUUGAUAUAAAGCAAAUCUUUUUAGACAUCAGAGAACUCACACAAGGGAGAAGCAAUUUUCAUGUUCAGAAUGUGGGAAAUGUUUCACCUGUCAAGCAAGUGUUGUUCGACAUCACAUCAUUGUGAGACCUGCUGCCUAUUUAUGUUUUCUGUAUAACUUAAAACGGUUGGCCAGUUUCCCAUAUUAAUGACCUAUCCUCAGGAAAGUGAGUCGACCAGUAUGCACCGAUAUUGAGAACAUGUAGAACUCUUGGAACAGACUUUAGUCAAGACAUGCUUGAAUUUGAUCGAUAGAUGCCCAGUACUGACAGACUGCCGAAGGAGAGACAUUGCUACUCUCUCCCUGUUAACUGUACAUGGCUUCAGAGGGAGGGUAUAAUGGAUAUCUUUGCAUGUGAUCAAACCCCCUUCCACCAUUAAUCAGACAGCAUACUUGCAAAACGGUAAAAGGAGCUCUAUGGGCAAUAUUGAACCUUUAAAGUCUGGACUGAAAAUGCAGCCUGUUUGUGGUCCUGAAGUGAACUGAGCAAGGCUCGGACUGGCCCACAGGGGUACAUGUGAAUCCACCGGUGGGCCCCUAGUCUCCCACCCCUUGCAUAAGUGGCACAUAACACAGUAGACUUGCUGCACUACAUACAUAUAUUCAAUGUACAGCACCUCAGCCAGCCUAUGUUCAUAUAACAAACUUCAUAGAUAAUUAAAGAAACUCCCCAGUUUAUUAUUAUAGACAGGAUCAGAUGGCUGAGAUGUCUUCUAAGUAUAGAGGAAAGCUAGCCAGUAUCCUCUUUUCCCCAGGACCUACCUUCUCAAAAUUGCUGUGUGAGCAGGUAAUAUUUGAAUGUAUCUGUACAAUGGACCCUAGGCACCCCAGUCCAACAUUUAGCUGUGCGUACACUAUAAACCCUCCCAAUGUGUCGAUUGCUGCUAAAUGCGGUGUCAUCGUGGCCAUAACAGAUGACAGUCACAAAUACUUGUGCUGGAUGUGAUUUAUCAGUUGCUACUUUAAAUGUGGAUAUGAUCCCUAGAGCUGAAGAUUAGGAGAACCCUAUAUCAGAAUAUUAAUUGUUUUACUAGAUAGCCCAAGAGUGAUGUCUCUAUCUGAAUAAAUCCUCUACUAAAGGUGGAUAUUACUGGUGUAAUAUGGGGCACUUUUCACUUUUAAUCUUUCAUAAAAUAUGCUUAAAUUUUCAACCUAACAUGGAAAUUCAUUUGCUGAGUUGCAAUCUACUACCAUGGAAUGGACAAGCUCUAGGAUUCAGUUUGCCUAUUAAUGUGCCUUAUAGGGUGGAUUGUUCGCUAUUAUUAAUAGAGUUUCACUCUGCGUUAAUCAUCCUGUUCUCUUCCUAUGGCAUAAUAUCAUAAUGGGCAGCACGUGGCUGACUAAGGACAACAUCUGCAUGGAGUUUGUACUUUCUCCCCGUGUUUGCUCCAGGUAAAGAGUGAUGAUAAUGUCUGUAAAGCGCUGUGGAAUAUAGUAGCGCUAUAUAAGUGCAAAAAAU